GUUUGUCCUCCUCCUAAGUUCGCUGGUGUUGGGUCGUGCUCCUCGCUCUCGGUCGGAUGUCGGACAUGGAGGAAAUGCUCUCAUUCAGGGAUGUGGCCAUUGAUUUCUCUGCAGAGGAGUGGGAAUGCCUGGACCUUGCUCAGUGGAAUCUGUACAGGGAUGUGAUGCUGGAAAAUUACAGCAACCUGGUGUUCCUGGGUCUUGCUUCCUGUAAGCCAUACCUGGUGACAUUUCUAGAGCAAAGAGCGGGGCCUUCAGAUAUGAAAAGACAAGCAUCUGCGACCUUGCACCCAGGGGGAACGCCCUAUAAAUGUCAAGAAUUUGACAAGGCCUUUGAUUGGAACUCAGUCCUCAUUCAACACCAGAGAAUUCAUCCUGUGGAGAAGCCCUACAAAUGUGAGGAAUGUGGUAAGGUCUUUAGCGCUCACUCAGCACUUUCUAUCCACCAGAGGAUUCACACAGGAGAGAGACCCUAUAAGUGUGAGGAGUGUGGCAAGGCCUUUAGUACCCGCUCAGCACUUUAUAUCCACAAGAAAAUCCACUCUGGAGAAAAGCCCUACAAGUGUGAGGAGUGUGCAAAAGCAUUUUAUUUCCCUUCACUGCUCAAGCAACAUCAAAGAACUCAUUCUGCAGAGAAUCUCUGCAAGUGCGAGGAAUGCGGCAAAGCCUUUUAUUUACCUUCAUUCCUUAAACAACAUCAGAGAAUUCACUCUGCAGAAAAUCCUUACAGGUGUGAAGAAUGCGGCAAAGCCUUUUCCUACCCCUCAACCCUAAAGCAGCAUCAAAGAAUUCACUCUGGAGAGAAACCAUACCGUUGCAAUGAAUGUGGCAAAGCCUUUCGUAGGUCCACAUAUUUUCACCAACACCAAAGAAUUCACACUGGAGAGAAACCCUACCAGUGUGAAGAGUGUGGGAAGACGUUUUACUACCGUUCAAACCUGAAGGGACACCAGAUUAUUCAUUCCGGAGUGAAGCCCUUCAAGUGUGAAGCCUGUGGCAGCAUGUUUAGAACGAGCUCAGACCUUUCUAAGCACCAGAGGAUCCACGCAGAGGUGAAGCUCUACAGUUGUGAGGAAUGCGGAAAAGCCUUUUCUACUCACUCGUAUCUCAUUCGGCACAAAUUAGGCCAUUCGAGAGAAAAGCCAUACAAGUGUGAGGAAUGUGGCAAAACAUUUUGUUAUCCUUCAAUCCUUAAGGAACAUCAAAGAAUUCACUCUGGAGUGAAGCCCUACAGCUGUGAGGUGUGUGGCAGCAUGUUUAGAACUCGCUCGGAACUUUCUAAACACCAGAGGAUCCAUGCUGAGGUGAAACUCUACAGUUGUGAGGAGUGUGGGAAGGCCUUUUCUACUCACUCGUACCUCAUGCGGCACAGACUUGGUCACUCUGGAGAGAAACCCUACAAGUGUGAAGAGUGUGGGAAAUCAUAUAGCUACCCUUCGCUCCUUAAGGAACAUCAAAGAAUUCAUUCUCAGAAUCCCUACAAGUGUGAAGUGUGUGGGAAGGUCUUUUGUACUCGCUCAGGACGUUCUAAACAUCAGAGAAUUCAUACCGGAGAGAAGCCCUACAAGUGUGAAGAGUGUGGCAAAGGCUUCUCUACUCAUUCAUACCUUACUCUGCACAAAUUACUCCAUACUGAAGAAAAGCCUUACAAAUGGGAAGAAUGUGGAGAAGUAUUUUAUACUUGCUGAAGACUUAGCAAACACCAGUAAAUUCACACUGGAGAGAAACCCCACAAAUGUAAAUAAUGUGUCAAAACUUUACUGUACUUCAGUCUUUAAAAACCAAAAAAAAAAAAAAAAGUCAUUCUGAGGAGAAACCUGACCUUUAUUAACCUUUAAGUCUUUAUUAAACACAAAACACUUCCUACUGUAGAGAAACCAUACAGAUGUGAAGAAUGUGGCAAGAUGUUUUUACUGUACUUCAGACUUUAAGAACCGUCAAAGGGCUCAAGAGAUGAAAAAUGUGACAAGAUAUUGUCUAAGAGAGUAUUUAUUCUGCAGAGAAACUUUACAAAUGUGGAGAAUUUGGAAAUUCAUUUUUAACUCAUCCAUCCCUGAUUCUGAUCAGUCUUGGCAAAGUUCAGGUUGUGCGUUUGUGUUUUAGGUUGUGGUCAGACCUGUUGAUCGUGGGAGGAACCAUCUUUUUUGGACUAGGAUCCUGGAUUGUAUAAAAAGAGAAAGUGAACUGAGAACAACUGUUCACCUCUCUUCCUCUGCUUCCUGACUGUUGCGUUGACCUGAGCAGCUGCUGCAGCGACUGCUGCCCUGUCUCACCAUGAUUCACAGUGUCAUGGUUUGAAUGAGAAAUGUGUCCUGUAGUCUUAGGCAUUUGAACAUUUGUUCCCCAAGUUGGUGGCCCUGGGGAGGCUUAGGAGUAGUAGAUCACUAGAGGUGAACUUUGAAAUGAAAAGCUCCCUUUACAUCCACUCUGCUCUCUGCAUCCUGCGUGGCAUUGAGGAUGUGAGCGUUCAGCUUCCCGCAUCAGCCACCACGUAGCUUGCUCUCAUGCCCUCCCUCCAUCAUGAACUUUGAUCCCUUCUGUACCAUAAAGUAAAGUGAUAUCAUUCCUCUAAGUUGCCUUGGUCAUGAUGUUUAAUCAAAACAGAAAGUCACUAAUAAAAUCAUUGUCCGUGUACCAUGAGCAGUAGUUAACAGUGUCUCCUGACAUUACUCAAGUAAGGGUGUUUUACCACAGCAAAAGAAGAAAUAAGGCUGCAAGCCAAAG